AUGUCUGAUCAAAACGAAAAAGACGGGCCCAUUAACUUUUAUGGGGAUUCAUCUUCUUCUGAUGAACGUGAUGAGAAGCAACAGCUUCGUGACGCUGAUGAGAAGAUUCUCUCACUUGCACGCCAAUACACAAAUCAAUCUACACAAAACAUUGAAAGCGCCUCUCUUCGAAAUGUUCCCGUCGGAGAAACUGCCUCCAUUGCCUCCGAUGGUCUUGGUCGCCGCCUUUCUCGCACAGUAACAAACAUGCUUUCUCACAUAGACACAAAUAUCAACCCUUUUAUUGAACCUACCGACCCAAUUCUUGACCCUUACAGUGACCAAUUCAACGCUCGUGCAUGGGCUCGCCAUGUUUUGAGAUUUAAGGAUCGGGAUCCAGAAAGAUAUCCUAUGCGAACCACAGGCGUUUCAUUUAGAAAUCUCGGCGCUUUUGGCUACGGUACAGGUACUGAUUAUCAGAAGACUGUCGCAAAUCUUCCACUUCAGGUUCCUAGUGUUAUUCGAUCUUUUUUUGGUCAUAAGGGUGACAAAGUUCAAAUUCUUAGAGAGUUUGAUGGUCUUGUCAGGUCUGGAGAAAGUUGUGUUGUUUUGGGCCGUCCCGGAAGUGGUUGCUCCACUUUUCUUAAGUCCAUUGCACAAGACACUUAUGGUUUCCACCUGACUGAGGACACUCAUAUCAAUUACCAAGGUAUCACGCCUGAGCAGGUAAUCAAGAAUUUCCGUGGCGAAGUUGUUUACAAUGCCGAGACUGAAGUCCAUUUCCCCAAACUUACUGUUGGUGACACACUCAAGUUUGCUGCAUUGGCAAGAACUCCUGAAAAUCGUCUUCCUGGCGUUACCCGUGACCAGCAUGCUACUCACGCUCGUGACGUUGUUAUGGCCUCUUUUGGUCUUUUGCACACUAUGAACACUGUCGUUGGUGAUGAUUUCAUCCGUGGUGUUUCUGGUGGUGAACGCAAGCGUGUCAGUAUUGCUGAAGUCGUUCUUGCUGGUUCUUCUCUCCAAUGCUGGGAUAACUCCACUAGAGGUCUCGAUAGUGCUACAGCCCUCGAGUUUAUCAAAAACCUUAAAAUUGACACUGACAUUUCAGGUGCUUCUAUUUUUGUAUCCCUUUACCAGGCUUCUCAGGAUGCCUACGAUCAGUUCGAAAAAGUGACUGUUCUUUACCAGGGUCGCCAGAUUUUCUUUGGCCGUGCUGACACCGCCAAGGAAUUCUUUGAACGUAUGGGAUAUGAGUGCCCUCCCAGACAAACUACUGGUGAUUUCUUGACCUCUUUAACAUCUCCCGCUGAGCGUGUUGUCAAGCCAGGAUAUGAGGGCCGCGUCCCCGCUACUCCUGAUGAGUUUGCUCAGUACUGGAAGGCCAGUCCUGAGUACCAAGCUCUUAUUGAAGAAAUUGAGGAAUGGGAAAGAGAAAAUCCCAUUGGUGGUGCAUCCGUCGAAAGAUUUUUGGAAUCAAGAUCUGCUCAACAAGCUAAGCACACCAAGGUCACUUCACCUUACACUCUCUCCUAUUGGAUGCAGGUUAAACUUUGUAUGCACAGAGGUUUCCUUCGUGUUAAGGGCGAUCCAGCAGUUGCAUUGUCUACAGUCAUUGGUAAUUCCAUCAUGGGUAUGAUUAUUGCCUCAGUUUUUUACAAUCUUCCUUGGGAUAAAACAUCUUCUUUUGUGGGAAGAAACACUGUUUUAUUCUUUUCAAUCCUGUUCAACGCUAUGUCUUCUGCUCUCGAGAUUCUUACAUUGUAUGCCCAGCGUCCCAUUAUUGAGAAGCAUAAGCGUUAUGCUUUUUACCGUCCCUCUGCUGAAGCCUUUAGUUCCGUUAUUUGCGAUCUUCCUGUUAAGCUUAUGACUGCUGUUGCUUUCAAUAUAGUUUUAUACUUUAUGACCAACUUGCGUCGUGGCAGUGCAAAGGUUCCUGGAACUCAUCAAGGUUCUGAUCCUUCUUACUUCUUUGUGUUCUUUUUGUUUUCUGUUUUGUGUACUUUGGUUAUGAGUGCCAUUUUCCGAACUAUUGCUAGCGUCACUAAGUCUAUCUCUGAAGCAUUGACUCCCGCCUCUCUUAUGAUUCUCAUGUUGGUCACCACUACUGGCUUUGUUAUCCCCAACGUUGAUAUGCACCCAUGGUUUCGUUGGAUUGGCUACAUUAACCCCAUUGCUUACUGUUUUGAAUCUUUGAUGAUUAAUGAAUACCGCAACAGAUAUUUUACUUGUAACAACUUGGUUCCUUCCGGUGAUGGCUAUGAUGAUAUUCCGAUCUCUGAACGCUCUUGUUCUAUUAUUGGUGCUGAGGCAGGUAACCCUAUUGUUUCUGGCACCGCUUACAUUGGCAAGUCUUUUGAAUACUACACUGUUCAUAUGUGGAGAAACUUGGGUAUUGUGUUUGGGUUUGCUGCUUUUUUCUACUUUACAUACUUUGUGUGUGCUGAGGUUGUUGCUGGUGAACGUUCUCGUGGUGAAGUCUUGGUUUUCCAAAGAGGUUAUAAGCGUUAUGCAAAUGAUGAAGAAUCUCAGAAUGAGCUUCGUGAUAGCAAUAGACCUCCUUCUGUUGAGGGUGAGUUCACUCUUCAAAAGCAAGAGGGCAUUUUUGCUUGGAGAGACGUUUGCUACGAUAUUAAAAUCAAGGGUGAGCCUCGUAGACUUUUGGACAAUGUUGACGGUUGGGUUCAACCUGGUACCUUGACUGCUUUGAUGGGUUCUUCGGGCGCCGGUAAGACUACUCUUCUGGAUACACUUGCCGAUCGUCUUACUAUGGGUGUUGUUACCGGCGAUAUGCUUGUCAAUGGCAAACAACGUGACAAGUCUUUCCAGCGCAAGACGGGCUAUGUCCAGCAACAAGAUGUUCACUUGGCCACUUCUACUGUUCGUGAGGCUCUUGAAUUUUCUGCUCUUUUGAGACAACCUGCUCAUAUCUCUCGUGCUGAGAAGCUUGCUUAUGUUGAUGAAGUUAUUAAGAUUUUGGAAAUGGAGGAGUAUUCUGAUGCUGUUGUUGGUGUCCCCGGUGAAGGUCUUAACGUUGAACAGCGCAAGCGUUUGACUAUUGGUGUUGAACUUGCUGCUAAACCUGAACUUUUACUUUUCCUUGAUGAACCUACCUCUGGUCUUGAUUCUCAAACUGCCUGGUCUAUUAUGUUACUCAUGAAAAAGCUUACAAACAGUGGUCAAGCUAUUUUGUGUACUAUUCACCAACCUUCUGCUAUUUUGUUCCAGCAAUUUGAUAGACUUUUGUUUUUAAGGAGAGGUGGUCAGACUGUGUACUAUGGUGACAUUGGUGAAAAUGCCUCCAAGAUGAUUUCUUAUUUUGAGCGUAAUGGCGGACCCAAGUGUUCACCUGAUGCUAACCCUGCUGAAUGGAUGCUUCAAGUUAUCGGCGCUGCCCCUGGCUCCCACACUGAUGUUGACUGGCACCAGACUUGGCGCAACUCUCCUGAGUACCAGAAGGUUCAAGAUGAUAUUUCUUCUCUGAUUGAGAGUGUUGGCCCUGUUAAGUCUGCCUCUACUGCUGUCAAGGAAAACGAGUCUCGUUCUUUUGCUGCUUCGAUGCCUACUCAGAUUUUUGUUGUUUGCAAACGUGUCUUCCAACAGUAUUACCGCACUCCUUCAUACAUCUAUGCCAAAGCUGCUAUGUGUAUCAUUUCUCCUAUUUAUGUCGGUUUCACUUUUUACAAGGCUAAAAAUGACGUUCAGGGCAUGCAGAACCAAAUGUAUUCCAUUUUCAUGUUUCUGGUUGUCUUUGGUACUCUUACACAGCAAAUCAUGCCUCACUUUGUUACGCAACGUUCAUUAUACGAAGUACGUGAACGACCUUCGAAGACAUACUCUUGGGUUGCAUUUAUGAUUUCCAAUUUGAUUGUUGAGAUGCCCUGGCAAACUUUAAUGUCAGUGUUUUCUUUCUUCUGUUACUACUACCCAGUUGGUCUGUACCGCAAUGCGUCGGUUAGUGGUGCUACCCAUGAGCGUGGUGCUCUUUUCUUUAUGAUGGUUUGGGCCUUUUACAUUUACACUUCGACUUUUGCACAUAUGGUGGUUGCUGCCAUUGAUAGUGCUGAUGCAGCUGCACACUUGUCUAACUUGCUUUUCAUGAUUACUUUGAUUUUCUGUGGUAUUAUGGCCCGCCCCGAUCAAUUCCCACACUUCUGGAUCUUCAUGUAUCGUGUGUCUCCGAUGACGUAUAUUGUGAGCACGUUCAUGUCGGCAGGUCUAGCUGGAAAUACAGUAGAAUGUGCAACGAAAGAAAUUGUGCACUUGACCAACCCUUUCACAAACAAGACUUGUGGAGAAUUUCUUGAUAGUUAUGCAUCUUCUUCUGGCGGUGCUGUUUUGAACCCCAAUGAUUAUACUGGAUGCCAGUUCUGCACCAUGGCCAAGACUGAUGACUUCUUGGCUCUGCUUAGAACGCCUUUGAGCGAAGGCUGGAGAAAUUUUGGUAUCAUCAUCGGAUACAUUGCAAUUAACUGUGUGGGUGCUCUUUUAUUCUACUGGCUUGGACGUGUGCCCAAGGGUUCUAAGAAGAAGAAAGAAUAA